GCCCACUCAUUAAAAGCUGCGCUCAGCUACAAGGGAAAGUGAAUCUCCAUGCGAGAGAGAAAGAGAGAGAGGCGCUGUCUCUUUAAGAGGAUGCCAAAGCCGAUUACAUCUGAUCUCAACAGUGAUUCUGUCUCACCGUCUGUCCACUACUACUGCUUAUUUUGCAGUACGCUUUGACUGACAGCGUUAUAUAUCGGGGUUAAAACUUUUUUCCCGCUCAGAAUGGAUUGGGCACCGAACUCGUUUGGAUGAGUCGCGUAUGAGCGGUGCGCUUCACCUCGGCAACUUUCUCCUGCGCAUUUCUCCAAGCAGCCUAGGUGGAAAGUUAAAAUCGCAUGUGAUAUGGUGACAAACAAGUGAACAUACAUUAAACCAAGACGGAAAAUGCAGAAGAGUGUUCGGUACAAUGAGGGACACGCUUUGUUUCUCUCCGUUAUCGCGCGUAAAGAGGGCACCAAGCGAGGCUAUCUCAGCAAGAAGACCACGGAAAACAGCAAAUGGCACGAGAAGUUUUUUGCACUUUAUCAGAAUGUUUUGUUUUACUUCGACACCGACCAAAGUGCUCGACCAUCAGGGAUUUAUCUUCUGGAGGGAUGCACAUGUGAACGGGUCCCUGCGCUCAAGGUGUCCACUGUUGGCAAAGACGCACUUGACAAGCUGCAAUAUUUCCUUGUGGUCUUCGGCCAUGAUGGACAGAAGCCUCUGGAGCUACGGACGGAAGAAGAGUCUGACUGUGAUGAAUGGGUUGAAGCCAUCCAGCAGGCCAGCUACUCUGAUAUCAUCAUCGAGCGUGAGGUUCUCAUGCAGAAAUACAUCCACCUGGUGCAAAUCGUGGAGACGGAGAAAGUGGCAGCAAACCAGCUCCGCACACAACUGGAGGACCAAGACACUGAGAUUGAGAGGCUUAAAGCUGAGAUUAUAGCCUUGAACAAAACCAAGGAAAGAAUGCGCCCCUACCAUGUAUUUCAAGAAGAGGAAGAUCCUGAUAUAAAAAAAAUUAAAAAGGUCCAGAGCUUCAUGCGAGGGUGGCUGUGUAGAAGGAAGUGGAAGAUUAUUGUGCAGGACUACAUCUGUUCUCCUCAUGCUGAGAGCAUGAGGAAGAGGAAUCAGAUCGUCUUCAACAUGGUGGAGGCUGAGACUGAGUACGUCCAUCAGCUUUCCAUUUUAGUCAACUGCUUCCUGAGGCCACUCAGAAUGGCCGCCAGCUCCAAGAAACCACCUAUAAGCCAUGAUGAUGUCAGUAGCAUAUUCCUUAACAGCGAGACAAUCAUGUUUCUACAUGAAAUAUUCCAUCAGGGAUUGAAGGCGAGGAUAGCAAACUGGCCCACGCUGGUUCUAGCGGACCUCUUUGAUAUCUUGCUGCCAAUGCUGAACAUCUAUCAGGAGUUUGUGAGGAACCACCAGUACAGUCUUCAGGUUCUUGCAAACUGCAAACAGAACCGGGACUUUGAUAAACUCCUGAAGCAGUAUGAAUCCAAUGCUGCGUGUGAGGGACGGAUGCUGGAAACAUUCCUCACAUACCCCAUGUUUCAGAUCCCUCGUUACAUCAUUACUCUCCAUGAGCUAUUGGCUCAUACUCCUCAUGAGCAUGUGGAAAGGAAAAGUCUAGAAUUUGCCAAGUCCAAACUGGAGGAGCUUUCCAGGGUGAUGCACGAUGAAGUAAGUGAUACCGAAAACAUCCGUAAGAACCUGGCUAUUGAGCGCAUGAUCGUGGAGGGCUGCGACAUCCUCCUUGACACCAGCCAGACGUUUGUGAGACAAGGCUCUUUGAUCCAAUUGCCCUCAGUGGAGCGAGGGAAGCUCAGUAAGGUGCGACUCGGCUCUCUCUCGCUCAAAAAGGAAGGAGAAAGACAGUGCUUCCUUUUUACCAAGCACUUCCUUAUCUGCACACGCAGCUCAGGAGGCAAACUUCACCUGCUCAAACAAGGUGGUGUGCUGUCCCUGAUUGAGUGCACUCUCAUCGAAGAGCCUGAUGCCAAUGACGAGGAUGCUAAGAAUUCAGGGCAGGUGUUCGGUCACCUUGACUUUAAGAUUGUGGUGGAGCCUUCAGAUGCUCCGGCCUUCACUGUGGUGCUACUGGCACCAUCCCGUCAGGAGAAAGCAGCUUGGACCAGCGACAUCAGCCAGUGCAUCGAUAACAUCCGCUGCAAUGGCCUGAUGACCAGUGUGUUUGAGGAGAACUCAAAAGUCACAGUACCUCAUAUGAUCAAAUCUGAUGCGCGUCUCCAUAAAGAUGAUGUUGACAUUUGCUUCAGUAAGACCCUCAACUCCUGCAAGGUUCCUCAGAUCCGCUACGCCAGCGUGGAGAGACUGCUGGAGAGGUUGACCGACCUGCGCUUCCUCUCCAUAGACUUCCUCAACACAUUCCUGCACACCUACCGCAUCUUCACUACUGCCACCGUGGUCAUGGAGAAACUGGCUGACAUCUACAAGAAGCCUUUUACUUCCAUACCAGUCAGAUCCUUGGAGCUUUUCUUUGCCACCAAUCAGAACAACCGCAGCGGGGACCACGUCAAUGACAAAUCUCCAAGACUGUGCCGCAAGUUCUCAUCCCCUCCACCUCUCUCCAUUUCCUCUCGUACUUCCUCUCCAGUUCGCACUAGAAAACUCUCUCUUAAUUCACCUAUUGGCUCAAAAGUAGGCAUCCUUGAUCUGUCCACCACUUCAUCAUCUGCAGCAAGCAGUCCAACCUCCGCCAACCCCACCAUCUCACCUCCACCAUCCAACAACAAUAACAACAGCAAGCCACCUUUGGAUCUUAGCCGUGGACAGAGUCCUUCCUCCCCCGAGCAGAGUCCUGGAGCUCUGGACGACAAUGCAGAGGUGCCAAGAAUCGAUGCCCUUUGUGGUAAACUACGCCGCAGCAUAAGGAGAGCUGUGCUGGAGUCAGUGUCUUUGGACAAAUUUAUUCCAGAGUCGCCCCAGGCCAGUGAACCAGGAGAAAUCUCUCCGUGCCGCUCACCCUCCACUCCACGCCACCUCCGCUACAGACAGUCAGGAGUCCAGACGGCUGAGAACUCACGCUGCUCUGUUUCUCCAGCCUCUGCGUUUGCCAUCGCCACUGCAGCAGCUGGACACAGCAGCCCUCCAGUUUUUAACAACUCUGAGAGGACUUGUGACAAGGAGUUCAUUAUACGUCGAGCGGCUACUAACAGAGUCCUGAAUGUCUUGCGACACUGGGUCUCCAAACACUCACAGGACUUUGAAAUGAAUGGAGAGUUGAAGAUGGGUGUGAUCUGCCUGCUGGAAGAGGUGUUGAGAGACCCAGACCUUCUCCCUCAGGAGAGAAAAGCCACAGCAAACAUACUAAGUGCCCUUUCUCAAGAUGACCAGGAUGAUGCACAGCUGAAGAUUGAAGACAUUCUUCAGAUGGCUGAGUGCCCAAAGGCCGAGUGUUUUGAGUCUCUGUCUGCAAUGGAGAUAGCAGAACAAAUCACUCUCCUCGAUCACAUCGUGUUCAGGAGUAUUCCCUACGAGGAGUUCCUGGGCCAAGGAUGGAUGAAGACAGAUAAGACAGAGAGAACGCCAUACAUCAUGAAGACAAGUCAACACUUCAAUGACAUGAGUAAUCUGGUGGCCUCUCAGAUCAUGAGCCAUACAGAUGUGGGCUCCAGAGCGGGUUCUAUUGAAAAAUGGGUCGCAGUGGCUGACAUUUGCCGUUGUCUCAACAAUUAUAACGGUGUCUUGGAGAUCACAUCUGCCCUGAACCGCAGCGCCAUCUACAGGCUGAAGAAGACAUGGGCUAAAGUCUGCAAACAGACUAAAGCACUAAUGGACAAACUUCAGAAGACCGUGUCAUCUGAGGGAAGAUUUAAAAACUUGAGGGAAACUCUCAAAAACUGUAAUCCACCCUGUGUUCCAUAUCUGGGCAUGUACUUGACAGACCUUGCGUUUAUCGAAGAGGGAACUCCAAAUUUCACAGAGGAAGGUCUAGUUAACUUCUCAAAGAUGAGAAUGAUUUCUCACAUCAUACGAGAGAUCCGACAGUUCCAGCAAACUCCCUACAGAAUAGAGCACCAACCAAAGGUCACGCAGUAUCUUCUGGAUAAGACCUUGAUUAUGGAUGAGGACACACUUUAUGAUUUAUCACUCAAGAUUGAACCCAGGCUUCCUGCAUGA